CAUUGGAAACAGUGGCAUUGUGAAAAUCAGUGCGCGCACGCGUGUUUUUCGCGCGCGGCCGCAGCGUUCGAAUUUCGAAAUCGUGUUUUGUGUAGUGUGUGUACAAUGGAGUGUUUACUUACAAGAUUUAAGUGUGAGACGUCAGUGAAAUGAAUGAGGAAUGCAGUGAUGGAAUGUUUAACGAGUCUUGGUGCUUUAAGAACAGUGAAAAUGUUAGUGUUAUCGAAUAUGUUUCGACCAAACCAUCCGAAUCAACUGCCGCGGAGGGAAGAAUCACAGAUUUCGGAAAAUCUGAAAGAUAAGGAAAGACAUUUGUCAACACAGAGUUCUUUGCGCGUAAAGCAAAGGACAAAAACGUGUGACAAUAUAAGUGAAGUUCCAGAAGAAACGAAAAGUGUGAGACGUGAAAGAUGUCUAUCAAAUAGUGUAGAUGCAAUAGUUACACAAAAUGAAGCCAAAUGUAAAGUGAUAUCCAGUGCCAAAGGUUUAUUAGAAACAAAUCUAGACGAUCUAUUUAAUGAUGUACAAAGUGUCGAAUGGACAGUCGAGGCCAAAAGCUUAGGUGCCAGUGAGCCUACGUUAAAUUUUAACGAGGAGAACUAUAAGAGUUUUAGUAAGCGUGAAUCUCUCAUGUUGGAUGAUGACAGUGAUGAAGAAGAUGAUGAUGAUACAGCUACGGACAGUGAUUGUAUGGAUGAAGUGGUUCGCGAGCAGCGGAUGUGCAUGGGAGCUCGUCGCUUCGGACAUAUGCUACGAAGGGUCAUUUCUAGAAACGUAUUCCCGAAUGUCCCCGCGGCGCCUGGCAUGCCCUGUGCGGGCGAGGACAGGAGCAUAUACAGACGCGGCGCGCGGCGGUGGCGGAAGCUGUACCGGGUGAACGGACACAUUUUCCAGGCCAAACGGUUCAAUAGACGCGCCUUCUGUGCCUUCUGCCAAGACCGCAUAUGGGGACUGGGGCGGCAAGGUUUCAAGUGCAUACAAUGCAAGUUACUGGUGCAUAAGAAAUGUCACAAAUUGGUGCAGAAGCCGUGCUCCAACGAACACGUGGACCCGGUGGAAGUGAAGGAAGACGCCAAUGGGGAGAGCACGCUGGGUCGAGCCUCUUCAGUCAGGUCACGAGCGGAGCCCGAGCCGUCGCUGGCGGAGCCGCCGCCGGCGCCGGCGCCCGCGCUGCGCCCCGAGGACCUAGAGCCGGGCUCGCAGCGGCAGUACUCUCUAGAGGACUUCGAGCUCAUCAGGGUCAUCGGACGAGGGUCCUAUGCUAAGGUGCUGAUGGUAGAACUGAAGCGGACGAAGCGAGUGUACGCCAUGAAGGUGAUCAAGAAGGCGCUAGUGACCGACGACGAGGACAUCGACUGGGUCCAGACUGAGAAGCAUGUGUUUGAGACAGCUUCCAACCACCCCUUCCUAGUGGGGUUGCAUUCUUGCUUCCAGACGCCGAGUCGGUUGUUCUUCGUCAUUGAGUUUGUUAGAGGAGGCGAUCUUAUGUUCCACAUGCAGCGCCAGCGGCGUCUGCCCGAGGAGCACGCGCGGUUCUACGCGGCGGAGAUCUCUUUGGCGCUGCACUUCCUGCACGAGCGCGGCGUCAUCUACCGCGACCUCAAGCUGGACAACGUGCUGCUCGACCACGAGGGACACAUCAAGCUCACCGACUACGGCAUGUGCAAGGAGGGCGUCCGCCCCGGAGACACCACAUCCACCUUCUGCGGAACACCCAACUACAUCGCGCCGGAGAUCCUGCGCGGAGAAGAAUAUGGAUUCUCCGUGGACUGGUGGGCGCUGGGCGUGCUCACCUACGAGAUGUUGGCGGGGCGGUCGCCGUUUGACAUCACGCAUGCGCAUGACGACCCUGACCAGAACACCGAGGACUAUCUCUUCCAGGUAAUCCUAGAGAAGACAAUUCGUAUACCCCGCUCGUUGUCGGUGAAGGCGGCGUCAGUUCUGAAGGGCUUCCUCAACAAGAACCCCGUGGAGAGGCUGGGCUGCGGCGAGAGCGGAUUCAUGGACAUCGUCAGCCAUCCCUUCUUCAGGAGCAUUGAGUGGGAGAUGCUGGAGCAGAAGCAGGUGGUGCCGCCGUUCAAGCCGCGGCUGGAGGGCGAGCGCGACCUCGCCAACUUCCCGCCCGAGUUCACGGACGAGCCCGUGCACCUCACGCCCGACAACGACACGGUGAUCGCAGACAUCGACCAGUCUGAAUUCGAAGGGUUCGAAUACGUGAACCCCCUCCUGAUGUCCCUGGAGGACUGCGUGUGACAUCACGCCUGUCUGCUGCAUCCCUACCACGAUCCCGCGCAGGCGUACGCUUACGGCUGCUCGUCGUCGUCGUCGGACUACGACUCGGUCGCGUCGUCGCUGCCCGCGCGCAAGCCCACGCUGCUGCAGCACAUGUUCUGUCUCCCGCUCAACUGACACAAACAUUAGACCCGCACAGAUCGGCUCGACAUUUAGUGAAUUUUCAACAACAUUGAUUCUCUUCUGAACUCUCAAUAAUGUCCGUCUUCGUUGAUGCGAAGACUGACAUUUUUGAGUAGAUUUCUUGAGGUUUUAAAUUCUGAACUCAGCGUUGGACCUGCUUUCGUCUUCGUCACAUCAAUAUUACCCAUCAUAUUAUCGUUUUAUCAAAAAUUUCGGUCAGAAAUAUUAGGAUUGGUUAAACUUACAUGUACAUAAUUUUGUUAUUGGUUAAACUUAAAACAUGCAUUAGACUCUGCUCGAGGUUAAGCUAACUUUCAUCACACCAAAAUUUUCAGUCUCGAUAUGAAAAUUUUCGAAAGCUGUGGAUUUUUAAAAAUUGGUUAUAUUUAACUGAACUGACACAAGCAUUAGACCUGCGUAAUAUCAACUUCAUCACACAAAAAAAAAACAAA